CAUAUCCAAAGCUUCCUCCAUGUCCAUGCCCCACAGUAUAUAAGUUGGAUCGCGUGGCCUCUAUAUCGUUACCAAGCCGAGCAAGACGGAACCAAGCAGAGCCAUCGAUCGAUUGAAGAAAAGUCGGAGAGCGUGCGUGCAAGAAAGCGUGGGCCGCCGGAGCUGCUAGAGGUAUUAUCCCCGUCUCUGAUCGAUUAUGGACAAGGUGCUGGCCAUCUCCAUGCCGAGCAUGUCGUCGGUAGACAUCGCCCCCGGCGCGGGCAGCAGCGGCAGCAGGGCUCGGCUCUGCUGGCGGGGGUCGAAGCUACAGGAGGACGAGCAGACUGGAUCAGCUGGGAAACAGGGGAAGCAGGGCGGUCUGCUGGUGGAGGAAGAGCAGCAGCCGGGCAAGGGGAAAUCGCAGUCACCGCUGCCGCGGUUCGUGCCGGAGUUUGAUGGGAUCGACUGCUUUGAGACCAUUGUGUGUCAUUAAUCAGUGAAUAUCAACCGGCGGGUGUGACUGUUCAUUCGUUGCUAACAUGUGCUUCUAACUGAAGCAAGACACAGGUUGUCCACAGAGUAAAUUGUAACCAAGUUGUUUUAUUUUCUGAUUUUUUUUUUUUGAAAUGAAAGG